GUGAUGAGACAGCACCACAUUUAAAAAAUGACAUGGCACCGAAAGAGAGUAAAACUCCUUUGGUAUUAUUUUCAUUGGCAGUUUUGGCAUGUUUUUGUAAUCCUUGCCUUUUCACCAUUGGUAAGAUGAAAGAUCCCAAUAUUUUGGCAUUCGGUUUGGUAAACCAUCGCUUGUGGAACAAGGAGACAAGAGUUUUUAAGGAAGAUGUAUUUGAAAAAUUUGGAAUCAGGCCAAAAGUACAUAAUAUUCAUGACAAACUCUAUAAUACUGGACUUUUGGUAGACAUCGCUACCAAUGUCCUUUUGCCCCUAAAUGAUGGACCAUUUGCGAUUUGGCGAUUGAAACGUAAAAUCCGUUAUUAUAUUGUCAUACUUCCACAGAUUAAAGGAACUAGAUGUGAAAAUAAGC